UAACCCAUGAUGUAGUGCACAGAAUGGUAUGACGUUGCAGCAGACAGCGUACGCUGAAGUUGUAAGCUGCUUUUCACAAUGGUGGGGAAUCGCUGAUUGUGAUUACCGUGAUAUGAAGCACUUAACCACAUGCAUUGGCGAUAUCUGCAGGCGUUUUACUGAUAGCAUGGAACCCGAGGAUGCGAAGCACGUUCUGGUUUGACCAGAUUCGAAUAUCGAGGCCUGGACUGUGAAGUAGCACAGUGAUAUGCAAGUCCUAGUGUUGUGCUCUAUGUAACUUUCUCUGUCUCCCCCGGUCAGUGUGCAGCUGUUUGCGUUUCUUUUUCGCUUUUACAUUUCGGGUGCUUGACCUAUUAUGCUAGCAAACACUAGAGGCUUCCUGUGGUCAGACGUGGAGACCAGAGCUUUGCUGGACAUCUGGGGCGAGCAAGAUGUGCAGACGGCGUUGGACGGAAACUUUCGCAACAGUCAUGUUUACCGAGACGUAGCCUGUAGGCUUGGGGAGAUGGGGUUCGAUAGGACGCCCGAGCAGUGCAGAAUACGAGUAAAGGGAUUAAAAAGACAGUACUACCAGGCAAAAGAAGGGAUUCAAAAGAAUGGACACUAUCGGAAGAUCUGCAAGUUUUAUGACGAAAUGGAGGGAAUACUAAGCAACAGACCUCAUAUCGAUCCCCAGGACAUGAUCGACAGUGUUGCGGUGGGGGAUGAAGCAUUGGAUGGCACAGAAGAGGAGGCAGAAGGAAUCGAUCACUCGCACGAAGCCUAUAUGGAGAGCACUGGUGAGUGCUCCUAUGCUGAACACACCGUGAAGUUGGAAAGCCCGUCCUUCCCUAUCCCACUGCCGUCAUCAAGCAACGGUGCAGGACAAAGGCAAAGCAACACUCAAACCAAAACACCUCCCAUGGCACGGCCCAAAAGGUCCAAAAAGCGCUACACAAAUCUGUCUCUGGACAAGCUCAUGGAAAAAUUUCUGGAGCAGAGCAUGGAAGCGGAAGAGAAUUUUUACAAAUACGAGGAGCAGAGGCUCAAAGUGGAAGACAAACGGCGUGAAGCAGAACAUUCACGCGAGCUCCAGAUGCUGCAGGUGCUGGGGCAGAUGUUUGCUGGGAUCGCUAGCCCGGCCCAGCCGCGCACACAGACUGGGUCCUCUGCCCCUCUGCUGGGUCAGCACAAUCCCCACCAUGCUGACCACAUUAAUCACCACAAUGUGGCAUCAGCUCCAUCUCAGCCAAUAGUAAUCGAGAGGGCCUUCUCACUGAGCAAUGUACAAGCAGUAAGGAAUAUGGAAAAUAUUCUUCCACUUGUGAGAAACAUUAUUCCUCCCUUGACUUCAAAAAAACAUAAAGGUCAAGAUGGGAGGGUGGGCAUCAUAGGGGGAUGUCAAGAAUACACAGGAGCACCAUACUUUGCAGCUAUAGCUGCUCUUAAAGUGGGUGCAGAUUUGUCUCACGUAUUUUGCACGAAAGAUGCUGCAGCUGUAAUAAAAUCCUACAGCCCAGAAUUGAUCGUACAUCCGGUCCUUGACAGCCCUAAUGCAGUUGAGAAAGUUGAGAAGUGGUUGUCCAGGCUUCAUACUGUAGUUGUGGGACCAGGGUUAGGCAGAGAUGAUCGCCUGCUCGGAAGUGCUAAGGCUAUUAUAGAGAAAUCCAAGGCUCUGGGUAUUCCUGUCGUUGUUGAUGCAGAUGGAUUAUGGCUCAUUGCUCAGCAGCCAUCUAUCAUUCAAGGUUACCAGCGCGCCAUUCUGACUCCUAAUUACAUGGAAUUCAGUCGGCUGUAUGAAGCAGUGUGCAGGGAUUCUGUGGACAGCAGUGAUAAUCAGAGAAAUGUUGUGAGGCUUAGCCAAGCUAUGGGAAAUGUGACUAUUGUCCAGAAAGGUGAAAAAGACAUUAUUUCUGAUGGAGAUAAGGUAAUUGUGUGUAGUCAUGAAGGUAGCAGCCGUCGAUGUGGAGGACAAGGAGAUCUACUUUCUGGCUCUCUUGGAGUGCUGGCACACUGGGCGUUUAUGUCUGGACCAGAAAAAACAAACGGGCUCAACCCUUCCCUCGUGGCUGCAUUGGGAGCCUGCACCCUUACCAGACAGUGCAACCACCAGGCCUUCCACAAACAUGGGCGCUCUACCACAACAACAGACAUGAUUGCGGAAGUCGGCACAGCCUUUAAUAAACUUUUUGAAACAUAAUUUAGGACACAGCUCAGAGGCUUGAAAGUAGAAAGGUCAAUGUCCUGUCCCUCGUAGUAAGCGAUUUUCAGGCACCACACUUUGGAGGGAAGCAGAAGCUUAAUUAGCUGUUUUGAAAUUGCACACGCUUAACAAGAUAAUUUAGCUGUAGAUUUUCAAAACACUUAACAGUAACUUCCUCAUUACAGGAGAACUGCAAAUGUUUGUUAAGUUUCAUCUGAAGUUUGUACAAGAUUCAGCUGUAUAAAAUAACUGAAAUUUGGUCAAAUUCUACUUUUAAUAAAGGUAUAUAUAGUCUGGG